AAAUCAUAGUUAAAACCUGCAAACGGUUUCGGCGAUUUCAAUGAGCUCUUUUGAUACAGGCGCGUAACUAAAUAGUGUUGCCCCAAUACUGAAACGUGUGAACGUGGAAUAGCCGUGAACGAUGGAUUUCGAACGUACAUUUCUGAAUUUGUUUGUGUCUGCAAAAGAAAUCAUGGAACUUUUAGUAUUAUAAGGUGAUGUGGCAAAUACGUGCUACAGCUCAGUGGUUAAUAUUUCACUAAAUUUUAUUAAAAGGUCAAUCAUGGUACCUAACUUUAUACUAACAGGUUCCUUUAGUUCUUCUCUCCAUUUGCAUCUCAUGAAAUAAUAUUUCACCUCACUGAGAUGUUCAUUUUGACAAUCGUGAUAUGUUUUCUGCUUGCGGAACAAAAUGCCUUCGUGAAGUUUUCUCGAAAUACGUGUAGUUCACCCGAGAAGCGUAUUAAAUCUGUAACGAAAAACUUUUCGAGUGGUGCACUGUUCAAUGAUCUUGGCGGGAAAAACAGGAGCGCAAGCUGGACGGGAAAUCUAUCUGGAAGAUUCUGGACAGAUGGAACUACACUAAGUUGCGGGUUGAAACAGAAGAGAGAAAACCUAGGAGAAAUGUGACUUCAAGGAUAAAAACUAGUAUACUAAGGAUAUCGGCGAUAAAGGAACGUUCAGCUGUCCUGGUGCUGGUUUCGUUCUCGGUUCUAGUUUACUUCGGUUUGGCUCGUUCCUGUCGAUCAUCGGGCUGCUGGUGGCGUUCGUGCGCAGCUGUUCGCCGCGCGUCAUGCUAAGCGUGGAUCGUUAGCUAGUUUGCCUGUGACUAGCGGCAGCCGGGGAGCCGCAGUCCGUGGUGUUGUACAGGCUUAACCGCAGUGUUAUUUCCGUGUGUUUCUUGGUAGCAAUCGUCGUAGUGUCGUGUUCCAUAGCCCUUUCCCUCACGAGACGGGGCAAGGGACAAAACGAUGUAAGAGGCAUCUUUGCUUGUGUAUCUGUCUGUAUAUUCGUCUGUCCGCCUGUUCAGUAGAGGGUGAGGAGGGAAACAGAUCUGAGAGAAAGAGGGGUAAGGCGUGACGGUGAAGGAGAGAAUACAGCAUUUCCCGCGCCGAACGAGGCCGUCUGGAGACGGUGGCUGUGGCUGGUAGUAGUGGUGGUAGUGCUCCUGCUGCUGUUUUUCUCGUUGUCCUGCCUUCACCAGCUCUCCCCCCCCACCCCCUUCGUCCUCCUGCUGCUGCCACUAGUGCAGUCUCUGGCACGGAGAGAGCAUCAGGAGCGGGGAACGGAGCAGCGAGAGUGAAGUCAGAAGGCGCAGCCAGAAGAGCGGUCCGAACCUAACCGAACGGAUAGGAGCGGAGCAGACCAGAGCGGAUCGCCGCUGGCUGGGAUACACACGAGAGGAAACGAACGAGAACACGGCAAGGGUGCGCGGAGGACAGUGAGACACAGGAGGGAUGGCGGCGGUCAGGACGACGAAGGACGCGCUUGCCCGCCCGCCGCCCACGCCAAUAGUAACAACCUACGCCCACGCCCACGAAUAAAUAAAACGAAUUCUACGAAGCAAAGGUAGCCGAUCGACGUCGCCGCCGUCGCCAUUAGAGAUAGACGCGACGCUGAACACCAACCAACUCGACGUCCAAUUUCGCUAGCGUCGACAGAGGCAAAAGCGACACCAUGGUACUGUGACGACUGCGAAAGCUAACGAUAGAACAGUACGUGGUCGCACGCAAGCUAAGCCAGUUGCCUCAGCUGUUACCACUACAGACAGCGGCAACGCGUAUAGCAGCUUCGUGCAAACGGACCGAUGGGCUAAGUGUGUAGGUCUCGUCUGACAGUGUGUGUCAUCAUUCCCUGUACUAGCAGCUGGCUGGUUAAUAUAUCCAAUGUAGGCCACGGGGCGGCGGCAGUGGCGCCCUUGACGAACAUCCCACUACCACCUAGACCAUGCAUAGUUUCGUUAACGAUGACAACGCACCAACCUUAACGGAACCUAACGACACUGAACAGGAGUAGUUCUUCGAGUUGCAGUCGUCACGAAUCCCCUUUCCCGUCCUCUGUCUUCACCGUGUCACCUCUCUGAGUUCAUCGACAUCAUCAGCCUAUUCUGCCUCCUCUAAAUCAUUAAUCUCACUUCAUCGCGCCAUCGAGUUUGUAUGGGUGUCUGCGUGAGAAUCGAGUGGAAUAGAAUAGUACGUAUGGAUGUCUGAUGUCUGAUCUUUGUCUGUGCCUCUUACUGUGUGUUAAUGUAUGAGUGAGUUAGGGUGUCUGUUUGCCUGUGUGUGCACAUCACCCGGAUCCUCAUCAAGAACAAGAAUAUAGAAGAAGUUGGAAUCUGUGGCGAUAGUUCAGAGCCGAUCAGAAGACUCGCACGGUACCAGCCGAUCCUGAUACCCCACACAUGGCGGAGGGGGCUCUGGGUUCGCGGCGCCUCUUCAAGGUGUGGAGUGCGGACAGACGUAUUCGUAAAGCAGUUAUGGCUACCACUUUAGCAGAACUCAUUGACGCUGGAUGCACAAAACUGGGAUAUACUCACCAGGUUCACAGGUCGGACGUUCGAGUGGUUCUGGAAGCGGACGGAACACACGUGGAAGACGAACAAACCUUCGGAUCUCUGCUUCGGGAUACGGUGCUUUUAUUAAUGCUGCCAGGCCAGGCAUGGCUGCCUCCUUCCGUCGAAGCUAUCAAAACUGCCAUAAAUGCUAUUCCGCAAAUCGUAUGCGAGACCAUGCGGUCGCUCGAUAUCGUCGAUAUAGCUCCUUCGUGGAAAAUCAUGGAACACCGAGGCAAGGUGACGGUCGUGCUAACCUGGGAGCCGCAGGACCGUCGCAGUCGAACGCCCGAAGUCAAAAUCGAAGUUCUUCCCGAUAGCAUAGUGCUACCAGGGCGCGGGCUUGCGUCGGGCCAGAGUGGCAGUCGACCCAGCACGGCCAGCAGCGGUCGGAACAAGUCUCCCCAACCACCCGGUUUGCAGUGCUUACAGCCAGUUUUAGGUUUGUCCGGGAUCACGGGUGCAGGCCGGGAGACCGAUCGGGAUACCGCACUAGCGACGUUGCCUGGCCCAGGUCCGUCCGCAGGGACAGCGGCGGCCGCGGCGGCAACUUCCAGUGACGCAACUACACGACACGACCGGGGGGGCGAUCGACGGGACAAGAAAAGCAAGCACGGCGAGAAGCAUGGCGACAAACAUACUCAUGCUGAGUGUGACUUCCAUUGCUCGUCGUUACACCAGCAGCAGCAUAAGGCUGCCGCCACUUCGCCCAUCGUCGACUUUCCUGAGAUGGCAUUUGGCCCGCCAGGGGUGUUCGGGCACGGUGGAGGCGGGAUGCCGCUACCGCAGUCGAAAAGCGUCCAUUUCGAGGCUGCGGCUGCCGCCGCAUCUUCUGUCGCCACCGGGAGCGGCGCUGGUGGUGGUGGAGAUGAUGGAGGCGGCGGUGGCGGCGUCGUCAUUGCCAUUGACACGCCCGCUGUGGCUGCCGGCACGCGACCAGAGUCAACUGUGGCCACUGCAGCUCCUGCCAACAACGACACCGAGAGCGAGAGUCAGCAAGAAGACGAUGAGGAGCUGGCGGACCGUUAUCUGCUGUUGGUCGACCAGCUAGCGGUCGAUCAGGACAAGCACCUAACCAUCAAGGACAUUGGAGUCAUCCUCGAACGCCUUAGCUCGAAGAUAGUCGACGUCGAACGACUCGAACGAGAAAAAGAGACCAAAGACAUCCACAAUUGGACGAUCAAAGCGACGCUACGAGGUGGUCACGUGCUCAGCGAAGUAGGAGUUGUUUAUAACGGCCGAUAUUACGGCGUCAUUGAGCAUCCUGGUUAUUUCUAAGGAAAAAGGCGUGACGCCGAUGAUGCGCAGAAAGAAAGAACCAAGGAAAGUCAAUAGAUCAGUGCGAUGAAAACACGGAAUAAACGAAUACGAACACACAUCUAUAUAUAUAUAUAUAUAUAUAUAUAUAUAUAUUUGUACCACUGCCAGUCGAUUGCCAGACUGCCCUGUUUGAUGAAAACAAUUAUCGAUUGUUGAAAAUUUUGAUGAAGAUAAUGAAGACGAAAUGAUGAGAUGAAUAAGGAUGAGAUAAACAGACCGUGAUGAUUUGCGCGAGAGUAAUUUACGAGAGCUUAGACGGAUGGAUAAUAAAUGUUACUGGGAGGAAUAAUAAUGGAUAUUAUAUUGGUUAUUUAUAAUAUAUAUAUAUAUAUCUCUAAGGUGCAGAAUUGCUGCUAGCAUGAGCAGCCAAAUCUUCUUUUACAAUAAGAGGCGCCACGAUCAGCACCAUUGUGCUGCUGCUGCUGCUGCUAUGGACGACGUUUUCAGGGUUGGGGGGAAGGGAUGUAAGUGUAGCAUGCAUAUCCAUGUCAUAGUGGACGCCAUCUUGCUACACAGCAAACUCACUGAUUAAUCUAAUACUAUGUAACGCUGUUGUGUGAGUGCGGAACCGGAUUAGUCUUGAUAUUGUACCGUCCCUUCUUGAUUGCUCCUUUGGAUGAGUCGACAGGGUCGGAUAAACACAGAGAGAUAUACACACACACACACACAGUUCUCAUGUUAUGAAGAAGCCCGCGACGUAUGGCUGUUAGAGGGACUCCGCCGCACAAACACGGAGCAGAAGGACGCUCCGGAUGCCGUGCUCGACGCACUGUACGUAAAUGUGUUGAAUCGAGUAACAACAUGAUGACACUGGCGGUGGUAAUAUAGAUAAUAUAGGAGUUAGAGUUGGGACGACUCAAUAGCUAAGACGUAGGGUACGCUUCCGACGCGUGACCCGCGUGUCUGCUCAAAAUAACAGAUUAUGAUAACGUGACGAUAAAGUUGAAAAAACAAAAAGAAAAUGAAAAAGUAAACCAUAAAAGAAAAUAUGUUGCGGUAAAAGGGCUCCAAAAACUCAGUGCCAGUUCUAUUUUUGCUACGGCGACCGUUCGGUCAAGCUAAAAUUAUCCAUGCUUAUAAAAUAAUAACAGUACGAUAUAUAAUAGAAAUAAUAAUAAUAAUAAUUAUGAGAAUAAUAAGAGUUAUAUACGUACAUACAAUACUGUAAAAGGCUUAUGAAUAAUAUGAGGAAAUAACCGAUAUGCACUAGCCUUGUUCGUCAAAAAAGUGAUUUAAUUAUUUUCACUGAAAAUCUUUACUUUGUUGUAUAUUAGAAAUUUCCGAUUUUCACCAAUAGAAAAAAAUUGGGUGAUAAAGUGCGAUGCCAUCGCUAGAAAAAGCAACCCUAACCAGCGCCCUUCGCAUUUGCAGCCCAGUGAAAGACUGGCAUAAAAUCAAUUAACAAUUAAAGAUUGGCGGUAUUCUUCUUUCACGAACAAAGCUAUAUAUAUAUACGAUAACAGUCGACGUUUAAGAGAUCGCCGGAAAAUGGCAAUGCUUGCGUUGAUACCAAAACAGAUUCUCUUUCGCCAGGG